CAUUCAGACCCUGAAAAAAGGCUGAGCGCUUGCAACAGUUGCCUUCAUCUCAUUUGUAACUUUUUAUCCCAUUGGGUCAGUGGAGGAAAUGCUCGAAGCAACAGCUGGAUGACAUAUUUACAUUUUAGAGGAACGCAUCUGCAGCGGCAGUUGCUUUGGAGGAACCAGACCAAAUUGCUUUCACUCAAAUGGAGCUAAAGACAGAGACUCACUGUAUAAGUUAUCCUCUGGAAGAAGUUCCAGUGCGAUUUACGAAUGAAUUUGAUAUAAUUUCUAAACUUACACGAAGAGACUGGAGUUCAAGGAGUCCUGUGGAUGCGGCCGUGUAAUCUGUAUUACUGAUGUGACCUCAAGGUGGAGAAUGGCACAUGACUGAUUGGAGCUGAUUCUUAAUUCUCCUGAUGAUUUAAAAAAUACAUCUUCUAUCACCAUGGCUUCUACAAAAAAUGAGACUCCGGUAUGCUUCUCCAUAAACAGCCCCCCCUUCAACUACAACCACACCAUUGCCUCCGCCUACUACUCUGCUGUAUUCACUGGACUGGGCCUCAGCUCCAACCUGUUUGCCUUCGUAGUUCUGGUCAAGGCCUUCCAGAGGUCCCAGAGUCCCUCAUGUUCAUCCUUCCUCAUCUUCUUGUCGAGCUUGGUGGUGACUGACUUCAUGGGGCUACUUGUGACGGGAUCGAUUGUAGUCUCUUUCCACACAACACGCUUCAAUUGGCGUGAGCUGGAUCCUUGGUGCCACUUCUGCAACUUCAUGGGCAUGUCCAUGGUCUUCUAUGGCUUGAGCCCACUUCUCCUGGGAGCUGUCAUGGCUGCGGAACGUUUUGUGGGCAUCCACAGGCCCUUCGCCCGCUACGCUAACAUGUCAAAGAGCAGGGCCUUGUCCACAGUGCUGGCAGUGUGGGUUUUUGCCGGCUGCGUCAGCCUGCUGCCUCUGGCAGGGCUAGGCAGCUACCACUUGCAGCUGCCUGGGUCUUGGUGCUUCAUCAACAUCAGCUCCCAGCCUCUGGACAUGACCUUCUGCUUGGUCUUCUGCCUGGUUGGGCUGCUUUCGCUUGCCGUGUCCUUCCUGUUGAACACAGUGAGUGUGGUGACCCUGCUGCGGAUAUGCUGUGGCCAGGGAGAAAUGCAGCGGCAGCGGGACCAGGAAUUGGAGAUGAUGGGGCAGCUUGUCUGGAUCAUGAUCAUCACCUCUAUUUGCUGGUGCCCUCUGCUGGUGUUUAUUGGGCAGACCGUGCUAUCAGGGAGCCAUCUCAAGAUAGGCAGCCUGCUGCUGUGGCUUCGCUUUGCCACCUGUAACCAGAUCCUGGACCCCUGGGUCUACAUCCUGUUCCGCUGUUCCAUCUUCAAGCGCAUUCUCCCAGCAGGGAAAGACAGGCCCCAUGUAUCCAGGAUAAGCCUGUACCGAACCAGCACCACCUCCCAGAGGAGACUUGUGCAGCCCUUGACUGGAGUGGAGGUGGCCUGUGGGGAAGUUCCAUUUGUGAAGGACCUUUCCAUUCCCAAAGCCUCCUGAUUUCUCCUGUCAUAUCCAAGCUCUGGUUUACAUUUUUUUGCUAAUAUUGUAAUUAUUUAUGUUAUUCAUUUGAUGUUGGUUAAUGCCAAGCAGUACAAUGACAGUUCUCUCAUUUUAGUUUGAAAUAUUAGCAUGCAUGCAUGAGUUUUGUAAUCAUUCAGCUGUCCAGACAGUUAGGAAUCUGUGACUCACUC